CCGGGACUUGGAACUUUGCUGCAAGCCUCCCUACUGUAUGGUCAGAUGCUGCAGCUGCACUAGGACCUUGUUCCUCUCCCAGCCAGUGAAUCAGACCCUUCACACUGUACUGCCAUGGAUCCUGCUCCAGCUCUACUCCAGGGUAGCAAAUGGAACCCCAGCAGCAACAGCCCACAACAAACUCUUUCAAGAACAACCUGCUUAUAGGAGAUUAUAGACAUGAUUCAAAAUGAUGGAGGUUACAAGAAGUGCAAGGGGGCUAACCCCUACUUAAGCAACAUCUUAUUGAGUGGACACCACCUCUGGUCCAUUAAAGUUUGUUCCUCUCUGGAAUUGGCAAGUCACUGUAGCACAAUGUCCUUAGAGAAAAUGAAAAAUGCCAAAAUAAAUGAAAAGGAUGUACAAGAACUGGAAGUCAAAGAAAUCAAUGGAGUUCUUAUGACCAAAGAAAUGAGUGAUAAUUGGGACAAAAUUUGGAACUUCCAAGCCAAGCCUAAUGAUCUGCUCAUUGCAAGUUACUUAAGAUCAGGCACAACCUGGACACAGGAGAUUAUAGACAUGAUCCAAAAUGAAGGAGAUGAAAAGAAGUGCCAGAGAACUAUCACCCCUUCGAAGCACCCUCAUAUUGAGUGGACACCACCUCUAGCCUUAUCAAAUUUAUACUCUUCAGGUGUGGAGCAAGCUGUGAAAAUGUCUUCUCCAAGAACAAUGAAACAUCUCCCUGUCCAGCUGUUACCACCAUCCUUCUGGAAACAAAAUACAAAAAUCAUCUAUGUGGCAAGGAAUGCAAAAGAUAAUGUGGUAUCUUACUACCACUUAUCAAGAACGAUUACUCUGCUACCUAAACCAGGCACUUUUGAGGAGUUCACUGAGAAAUUCAUGAAUGGAAGAGUGCUCUGUGGUUCCUGGUAUGAUCAUGUCAAAGGAUGGUGGGAUAAAAAGGACAAACACCCCAUUCUUUACCUGUUCUAUGAAGACAUGAAAGAGAACCCAAAGCGAGAAAUCCAGAAGAUUCUAAAGUUCCUGGAGAAGGACUUGUCAGAAGAAAUCCUCAAUAAGAUCAUCUAUCAUACUUCUUUUGAUAUCAUGAAGGAAAAUCCCAUGACAAACCCUAUUGUCUUUCCUAGAGCCUUGCAGGAGCACUCCAUUUCCACAUUCAUAAGGAAAGGAAUGCCAGGAGACUGGAAGAAUCAUUUUACUGUUGCCCAGAAUGAGAAAUUUGAUGAGAAUUACAAGAAGAAGAUGGCAGGAACCACUUUGACCUUUCGCACUGAGAUCUAAGGUGCAAAAGGAUAGAAAAUCACCUAAAAUCUUCCCCUGACUUUUUUCUAUUAAACAUCAUGAUCACAUGUAUAGCAAAACAUGAAA